GCGCUACUUGUAUCAGACAGUGGGCAAGCGAGAGCGUGCGAUUGAGAGCGAGAGAGAGAGAAAGAAAGAGAGAGAGGAAGAAAGAAAAAGGCCAGGUUUUAAGUGGGAGACAGACACAGAAAGGGAAGGAGAAAGAGGAGGCUGACGGUGCUGACAGAAGCUGGUGCUUGUUACCCCUUCCCCUCGCCAAAAACAGCCAUCUGAAAGUGUCCAUCACCAUCGGGCGACAUGAACCACAGCUCCACAGAGCCAGAAGCGGAGCCCAUUGAACCAAUCCGGUACCUCAGCAAGGCAGACGCCGCCGCCAUAGAGACAGAGCUGCUGAGGGACUACCGCUUCGGACAGCAGCAGCUCAUCGAGAUCUGGGGUCAUGCCUGCGCCAUCGCCAUCGCCAAGGCCUUUCCUCUGAGUACUCUGAGCAAGAAGCAGCCGACAGUGCUUGUGGUCUGUGGCCCUGAACAAAAUGGCUCCAUCGGCCUGGUUUGCGCCAGACACCUGCGUAUUUUCGAGUAUGAACCCACCAUCUUCUACCCCAAGCGCUCUUCUCACAGUCUUCAUCAGGACUUCACAGUUCAGUGUGAAAAGAUGGACAUCCCCUUCCUCUCCUACCUUCCGACAGAGGUGCAGUUGAUAAAUGACGCCUAUAACCUGGUGAUCGAUGCUAUCCUCGGGCCCGAGACAGACCACACGGACAUGAGAGAGCCCUAUACGAGCAUCCUGCUCACCUUAAAGCAGAUCAAGAUCCCCAUCGCCAGCGUGGAUGUGCCAUCAGGUUGGGAUGCGGAUGAGGCCAGCACAGAUGGAAUAAGUCCGGAGGUCCUCAUCUCCCUCACGGCACCGAAGAAGUGCGCUGCCAGCUUCCCUGGGAAACAUUAUUUGGCUGGACGGUUCCUACCCUAUGACAUCCAGAAGAAAUAUGAGCUCAAUCUGCCAGAGUACCCUGGCACAGACUGUCUUAUAGAAUUGUAAUGGGCACACCUGAGCUAUUCUUUCCAUAAAAAUAUACAAAAAAAUAUAUACAAACACAUUUUUGUAUUUUACAGUUUGUUACAGUGCUAUAUUGUUAUUGUGCUCUAUAAUAUGAGUCUGAAGCAUAUUGUGGCCUAGUCAGAGUUUUAUUUCUCUGCUAAUAAAAAACAAUAGAAAGAAAUAUUAUAUAUUUAGAGUAUGUAAGUGGUCUGAGUUACAGUAUAUGAAGUAAAUUUGCAAAAUAGUUUGAGGAUUGUUCAUGUUAAUUGCAAAAUUCCUUUUUUAAUUUCCCUCCCAAAUAAACAGGACCAUUUUCACCAAUGGCAACGUGUUAUGAAUGCUGUGCGGCAUAGGUAUUUCAUACCUUUAACCUUUGGCGUUCUUUUUUAUUUAUUCUUACGAUCACCAUUUUUGAUGUUCACACCACCUGUAAAAUAUAGCUUCUGUUCUUGUUUUCCCUGGCUGCAUUUACAUUCUGUUUUUUCAUUUAUUACAAUGCUCUCUUUCCUGUAUCCAACCGAUUAACUUGUUUGAUAUUGAGCAGUUGUAGGGAUUAUUCUUAGGUUAAUUAAAGCUCUUGACAAGCCA